UGGUGAUGGGAGAGAGGUGUGUUGUGUUGUGUCAGUGUCUCACCUCUCGCCACUCACUCACUUUCUCUCUCUCGAUCUAUCUCUCACCAGGAACUGUUACUUAUGAGAUAAUUUAACACUUGUAAAAUUUGUGAUGCGUAGAAUACAGUGACUUAGUGAGAAAAAUGAGGUAAUGAACAGUGAACACAUCUACCUCUACUGAGCAACUGUGAACAGUGAACACCUUCAUAGUAUAGUGUACAGUUUUCCUUCUGAACAAUCGAUGGUGUACAGUGUUCAAUGGCUCAUUCUCGUCCCACUUUUUGAAAAAAUUUUAUCGGGGAAGUAAUGAGUGAACAACAGGACGUAUGUGAACAGUGAACUACCACCAGCGGGGCAGAAUAGUGAAAUGCUACACCCUUUGUUCAGUCCGCCGCCUUUGAACACUUGAUCCCGGGGCCUUUGAACACUGAACAAUCCUUUACUUUAUGAUACCUUGUAUGAUGGGAAGUGGAGAGUGUGAACAGUGAGGCAUUCGACGUUGAUAUUUAGAACAGUGAAGAACAUCUCGCUGAACAUUGAGAUAAUCGGUGAACAGUGAUAUUAUUGGAACAGUGAACAUUUAGCUGAACUCCAUUUACUGAACACAAUAUUUCUAGAACAGUGAACACCUUCUUGUCUCCCGGCUACUGAACACUUCACUCUUGGGCCACUGAACCACACUAGAGAAAGGAUCAGUACAGGUCACCUACAACCACCUGUGACCUCCUACAACCACCUGGAAGCACCUACAACCAGCUGGACUCGGCAUCACCUGCCCAGACCAAAUGAAGACGCACCUGCAGGUGACGGUUCUCUUCCUGCUCGUGGUGGUGGGGCGGGAGAUCCUGGCGGCAUCUCUACCAGUGUUGCCAAGUCUGCUGCCUCCCUCCACCACCCUGCUUGGCCCAGCAGAGGAGACAGCGGCCCCACCAGCAGGAAGCUCCCCGGUGUUCACUCAACAGAACAACACUGAAAACCGCGCUCAAGUUGGCACCACCGCUGUUCUUCAUUGUCUCGCUCACAACGUCGGGGAGAACAUGGUGUCGUGGAUCAGAAGGAGAGAUUACCACCUGCUUACAGUUGGCUCCCAGACCUACAGCAGUGACAGCAGGUUCCAGGUCCGCUACAUUAAGCAGGAUAAUGACUGGCAGCUACACAUCCGCUACGUGCAAGUGAGAGAUGACG